UAGCAACUACCAUCACUGGCACACACAAAAUUGGCCAUUUCUGCUCAAUUUUCUGGAUUUUAUCAGGCGGCAAGAAGAAGUUGUCUCCAUUACCUAGCCAUAAUCAAAGGGAUAAUGGACCUCAAUGGCUUUGAUCGCGGACUGGAAGUUGAAAAGGUUCUAACCAUUUCAAAAGAACCGGGAAAAACUCUAUACUGGAUCAAGUUCAAGGGACAGGCACUGCCCGAGCUGAUACCAAACUAUGUGGCUAACCUGAAGAUUCCUAAAAUGCUAAUUGAAUUUUACGAGGACCACCUUAAAUACGAUUUACCCGAUGAGGAGGGAAAAGUAGAGUUAAAGGGGAAGAAAAGGGAAAAGUCGGUCAAAAGAAAGGCAAAGCCAAGCCAGAAAUCAAGCAAAAAAGCUAAACAAACUAUACAAUAUGAUAGUGGAUUUUUGGAUGAUGAAAACUAAACAAAAACUAUUUUUUUUUUUUAUUUAUAUACUUAAAAAUCUAUUAUAAUAACACAAUUUUACACACAGA